AUGUAUCUCAAACACGCCAUUGCUGCUGCCGCGCUCGUCCUCACUGCGAGUGCGCAGAACUACCUCACCGACCUCCCAUCUUGCUCUCUUCUAUGUUUGCACGAUGGCAUUCUUAAGGCCACCAAUUGUGAAGUUCUCGACUACGCAUGCCACUGCACUGAUGAGAACUACCCCAAGAUCCAGGCCGCGUCGAUCGACUGCCUCAAGGAAACCUGUGGCAGCGAAGAAGCUCUGAAUGUUGUUGUUCCUGCUACCAAAGCCGUGUGUGCCGUGGCCCGCGCCGCGGCGAGCGCCUCGGCUGCCAUCUCGAGGGCCAAUGCCACCGCUACCAAGUCUACUGCCGGAGGCUCUGCCACCGCGCCGCCUGCAUCUAUUACUGGCGACGGAAAGGGUAGCAAGACUCCUACUGUCAGUGGAACGCCUGGCCCAACGACGAGCGCGGCGGUCGUCAGUGGCAAUGGUGCAGUGGCCAAGAGCGCCUCCCUGGGUCUGGCUUCACUGCUCUUCCUUGCUGCCUUCAUUGUUUAG